AUGCAUUGUGGACAAUCAAUUGAUUGUCGAGAAGAUUAUCAUAAGAAUAAUGAACAAUAUGGAUAUAUAAUUAAUUCAACAAAACGAUUUUUACAUAAUAAUCGUAUAUUAUUUUUUUCAUCAUGGAAUAUUUAUGUUGAUCAGUUAGGUCCAUUUUGGCCAACUGAUUAUCCAAUUAAACAUGGAACACUUUCACAUUUAUCACGAACAUUUAAUAUAAAAAAUUCCAAAGAAUAUUAUCGAUUUUUAGGAAUAAAUAAUCGACAAACAUAUGAUAAUCAACCAGCUAUUUAUAAAUAUCGAGGUAUAUUAAAACAUCCAAUUAUUGUUUAUGAUAUGGAUAAAUCAUCAAGAAAUCAACAAAUAAAACAAUCUGAUAAUGAUCAAAUAUCUCCUCAAUUAAUAUUUGAAUCAAGAUUUGAAGGUGGAAAUUUACGACAAGCACCAGAUAUGUUUUCAUUUGAUUAUUGUAAAUUUCAUAUACAUCGAUGUAAAGAAUCAACUGGUCGUGUUGUUAUGUGGAAAGAAAUGUUAAUAAAAAAUAGUUUUACAUUAGAAGCAUCAUUUGCUGGAACAAGUAUUGUAGAAAGACCAUGUCAUUUUAAUAUACAAGAUUAUGAAAAAUUUGGACAAUGUAUUUGUAAAUCAUUAAAACAAUAUAUAGAUGUUCUAUACGAUUCAACACGAUUAGAAUCAAUUUUAAUGGAUAUAACAAAAAGUGUUCUUCAUCGAUUAGAUAAAGAUAAAAUUCCAUUUGGAUUAUUAUCUUCUAUUUAUCCUGAAGAAAAACAAUCAAAUGAAUCAAAAAUAGGACUUAAUUCAAUAAACAAUUGUUUAGAAAUUUUAACACAAUGUCAUGAAACUCUUAAUGAUCAAGAUGGUUCAAGUUCAAGUGAUUCUGAUAGUGAUCCAGAAGGUGAUGAAUUACCUGAUAUAGGAUAUACGAAAGAAAAAUUAUUAACAAAACAAAAAUCAAAAAAAAAAACGAUCUGA